CGCAACCGUUGUCUGUAGUGUUCCUUAAUCGGCCCCACUGCUGCUUGAAUUUGUUUCCGCCCAAAAAACUUCUGGAGAGUUGCCAGCUGUUAUUAAGCGUCGCCAAUUGCUUAAUUUAUAUACCGAUUUCACAUCCACUAGUAACUGUUGAUAGGAUAUGUUGUAAUGAGGCAUAUACAUGAAACACUGGUGUUGCUGCUUUUAUUGGCACCGCUUAGUACCGUAGCCGGAGGCGAUGACGUCGCUGGGCCCAUUGUUAAGCUUGUCGACCUUCAAGCGAAGCAAGAUAAUGGAACGGCAAAGGACACGAGUUCCAGCGGCAGUAAGCCAGAAACCAUUGCACAGUAUUUAGACGCUGCACUACAGAAGGAGUUUACGAAGGAAACUAGCGAGGAUGCGAAAGGUGGAGCUAACUUCAAUGCAACGGUCCAACAAGAGGAGGCCAAGCUAGAAACAGUAGUGCGGAUCACGGGCAAAACCACAGCGGUCCAGCAAGUCACGGCCGCGACCACAAACGGGACAGACAGCGCCACCGAAGAUGCCAAAACCGGCGGCGGAAGCGGAAGCAGCGCCAGUGGCGGCGAAACCGCUACGGCCACAGGCGCCACCGCCAGCAAUAGUACGAAAAGCGCAGCACCUGAAGCAGACGCAGCCGCUGCUGCUGCCGCUGCCACCGCAACAUCCUCUGCUAGCGAGGUCGACCGCAUCAUUGACUCCCAGGAUAAUGAGUUUGUGCUGUCGAAGCCGAGUGAGAGUGUGGCCUCACUCACACUGGACCAGCAGCUCAUCAUGGACAUUGCGGUGCUGCUGGUGGCGGCGGCGUUGUUCGGCAGCCUGUUUGAGGCGGUACGGCAGCCGGUCAUCAACGGGUACCUGAUUGGCGGGGCUGUGGUGGGGCCGGGGGGGCUGAACAUGAUCAAGGAGCUGGUGCAGGUGGAGUCGCUCGCCCAGCUGGGGGUGCAGCUGCUGCUGUUCGGGUUGGGGCUGGAGCUCUCGCUGGGGAAGCUGAGGGCGGUGUGGGG